AUGAGCGAACCAGCAAGGAAGAAACAACGUAAUGGAGCCUCUAGUGCUACUGCUACUCAACCAGCAGAACCCACAGAGAAGAUAAAUGUUGGCAUUCUGGGAGCCACAGGAAUGGUCGGCCAACGCUUCAUGCAACUGCUCUCAACCCAUCCCUACUUUAUCGUAACGCAUCUUGGCGCAUCGUCUCGCUCAGCAGGCAAAACAUACACUCAAGCAACAGCAUGGAAACAGUCCACCCCCAUACCAUCCAUAUACGCAUCCAUGCUCGUAACCGAAUGCAAACCAGACCUCUUUCCCGGUGUCAAAAUCGUCUUCUCAGGACUAGACUCUGAUGUAGCAGGAGAUGUCGAAGAUGCGUUUUUAGCUGCUGAUGUAGCUGUAUUCUCGAAUGCCAAAAACCAUCGUAUGGAUGAUGAUGUGCCGCUCGUCGUGCCGGUUGUAAAUACACGGCAUUAUGAUAUUAUAGGACAUCAGAGGAAGCAUAGGGGUGUGAAGAAGGGCUUGUUGGUUGCUAAUGCUAAUUGUAGUACCACUGGACUGGUGGUGCCGCUAAAGGCACUAGAAGAUGCGUUUGGAGGGCUGGAUAAAGUCAUGGUUGUUACAAUGCAGGCCGUAUCUGGAGCCGGGUAUCCAGGUGUCGCAAGUAUGGAUAUCCUCGAUAACGUGGUGCCGUAUAUAUCUGGCGAGGAAGAGAAGAUGGAGAUUGAGACGUCCAAGAUCCUCGGAUCGCUCAACAAGGGUAAAACAGCAUUCAUCAACAACAAGGUUGUAACAUCCGCAUCUUGUAACCGAGUCCCCGUAAUUGACGGACACACGGAAUCAGUCUCGGUCCUCUUUAGCAGGAAACCAGCUCCGUCUGUCGCGGAUGUCAUAUCCGCGCUCAAAGCAUAUACAUGUGAAGCACAGUCAUUGAAUUGUCCAUCUGCUCCCGAACAGGUCAUUAUAGUGCAUGAGGCCCCUGAUCGUCCACAGCCGAGAUUGGAUCGGGAUAAUGGAAGGGGGAUGGCGGUUACUGUUGGGAGGGUUCGAGAGUGUCCGAUAUUUGAUGUCAAGUUUACGCUGUUGUCGCAUAAUACUAUAUUGGGGGCUGCGGGGAGCUCGAUCAUGAAUGCUGAGGUUGCUGUUGCGAAGGGGCUUAUAAAAUAA